GAGCAACUGUCAAACGCCAUGUGUUUGUUUUGCAUUUGCGGCCUGUGAUUUUUCGGCAGAAUUUCCUCAUCUACUUUUUACCAUGAAAUUCCCUUUCACGCCGCUCUUUCUCAGGCGCACCGCCAAGUUCGGCACAAAAGUGUCAGUUGAUCUGGAGGAGAAUGUGGCCAAGGCGCUGGAGACGGUGGAAUUCAAGCCCAGAAAGCAUCCCGGAGUCAUUAAAGUGAAGACUGUGAAGAUGCCAGAGUUUCUCGAGAGGACAAUACCCAAAGUUACACAGGACUUCCCGAUCGCCUCCAUUCGCAAUGACGCUCAGGCGCUGAACAAGUAUCUCUGGAGCAGACAUCCGCCACCAACAGCGGCAGAGAUCAAGGCGAAGCAGGAGAAGUUCCGGGAUUUGCUCAUUGCCAAGCACAAGUUCAAUUUCGCCGAGAUGACAGAGACGGAGAGACACAAAGCCAACAACACGCUGUUCUCGAAGGUGCAGACUCGUCUUCGACAGGAGAUUUACUCCUGGAAGAGCAUCCAGUACGACACAUACAAGUCCCUGCAGUAUCUCCUGGGCAGAAGUCCGGCGGAAUAUGCGGCCAUGGUGAAGAUUUUGACGGAGAUUCGCGACAGAGACGCGAAUUUCUGCCCAAGAAGUUACUUUGACUUCGGAUCGGGAGUGGGAAGCGCUCUCUGGGCCACGAUUGACGUCUGGCCGAAGAAGAAUAUCUUCGAGUACUUCAUGGUGGACACCUCGGCGGAUAUGAAUGACCUGGCGGAGCUGAUCCUGCGCCAGGGCAAUCCUGACAGAGAGCCGAUGGUGAGAAAUUACUUCUUCCGGCAGUUCUUGCCCGCUUCCGCCACAAAUACCUACGAUCUCGUGAUCUGUGCGUACACACUGUUCGAGCUGGCGUCCAAGGAUGCGCGUCUGAUGGCGCUGAAGACGCUCUGGACGAAGUGCGAGCACUACAUGGUGAUCGUGGAGAGAGGAACCAAGGCGGGCUUCACGCUCAUCACCGAAGCGAGAGACUUCCUGCUGCGGAUCGAUCCUGACAACUGUCACGUCCACUCGCCCUGUCCGCACGAAUUCGUCUGCCCGCGGAGAGUGGCUGACGACGGAACGCCGUGCAAUUUCGAGGUGAAGUACGAGAAUUUGGCGGCCAUGGAGAAAAAUCGGAUACAAAAUGAGACUUACAGCUACGUUGUGCUGCGCAAGAAGCCACGAGAUCUGUCGCAGACAGAGGACUCCUGGCCCAGGAUCGUUCGGCCUGUGCUGGUGCGGAAGAAGCACGCGAUCUGCCGGAUGUGCACGAAAGAAGGGAAUCUGCAGGAGAUCAUCUUCACAGCCGCCAAGCAGGGGAAGAUGACUUACUAUUGCGCGAAGAAGAGCAACUGGGGCGAUCGUCUGCCCAUCAACAUCGUCAAUCCAGAGCCAGAAGCUGCAGAGAGCCAAGAGGACAGCUCGCAACGGCCGGAGGAGGAAGUGAGAGAUAAAGAGUGAUUCAUUCGAUGCUUUAUUACACGGCGGAGAAUAAAUAACACUGUAGUUCUUCCCAUAAGAAA